GUCAGUCUAGUUCAGUACAUCUACCAGAUCGGGCCAGGGUCGUUCGGUGUCCCGGAGUUGCGUUCGUUUGUUCGUUCGUUCGUACGUUCAUUCGUAUGCGGUCGUGUGGCUGCUGCUUUUUUUGGAGUGCAGAUUUAGGCACGCUUAAUAAAAAAGGCGCACGAUGAUGGUCAAAAAGCGCAACAGCAGCAAUAGAAUUAGUGAAUGAACAAAGAGGGCGAAAGACAUAAAAGAGCAUAAUAAUACAGAAAAUCUAAACAACAUUAAAAAGUGAGUCCGAAAAUCGACGACGAAUAAUAAGAAGAAGAAGAAACAGGCGAGACGGGUGAUGUUCUAGGAAAAACGCGCCUGCAACUUCCAUAUCGGAUCAACACGAUCUUCUUUGUGCCAGGGCACACGCGGAUGAACAGUUUUGGAGAACAACAACAGCGGUCAUAACAAUAAAAGUGCUAACAAGUUUAAAAGUGUGCUCCUUGAUGUGUGCUGAUUUGUGAAAGGGGUGUGUUAAUGUGUAUGGGUGUGCAGCGGCAGCAGUAGGAAGUGGAAGAUACCCGGACUUUAUUCGCUUCAAUUGAUGGUUUGACACAUUCGACGAUAAGACCGGGGUAGCGAUUGUUAGUGGCUUUUGUUCGAUCCGGGGGACAUGUGCGGUGAUGUGUGAUUCAUGUGAGCAGUUUACGACACAGCAGAAGAAGACAAAGUAGUGCCGGAAGACACAAGCGGGAGGACGAGCUCGGCUGAGCUUCUGAGCGAGUAGUGUGGAUGGUCCAAAUGGUCCUCCUGUCGUGGGUUGUCUAGUGCAGACGCGAUUCAGAAGCCGGUAGUGAUGGAACCGAGAGUGAUUUUUCUGAAACCGAAGAAUAGCCGAAGUGGUAGUUUAAGCGAUAAAGAACCAACCAAUUUUUCCCCGGCAGCAGCAGUAGCACCGUUGACGAGUGCCCACCAUCUCAACAGUAACAACAGUAGCAACACCAACGACGACGACGACGACAUCGACAACGACCAAGGAGUCGACCAGACUGUCACGAUUAUGGACCAGCUGAACAAUGUGGUGACAACGACGACGACAGCGACCGCCAUUGCCAGUACCGUGCACCAGUCGACCGGAGGGGGGAUCAUCAUCAGCAACAGUAGUACGAAAGUAGCGCCACCGGCAUUCUCACGGCUGCCACCGGACGGGCAUGAGUUUCCACCGAACUUCAGUGAACCCACGCCGAACGGUAUGACCGUCACACAGGCCCAGACCAUGGCGGCGGCGGCGGUAGCGAUCGCGGCCAAAGGAGAUAAACAUUCCAGCUACGACGACAUUCCGGACCUGCCGAAGAGCCACCCACCGGCGGUACCUCGCAAAGUCUUCCGUCAGGAUCUGGUCCUGAAGUCACUGGACCAGAAUCAACCGGAUCAGACCACCUUCAAGAAACCUCCGAUCUUCCCAUCCCCGGCACGCAGCAACUCGCUGAUUCCGUCGGAGAUCUUCAGCGCCACGCUUCCCCUGCCGAAGGACGAAUCCCGCCGCCGGUCGUUUGACAUCCACGAAAUCAACAAACCUCCCUCGCGAAUCACCCUCGUCGGAUCGAACUGGCGCAAGGAUGAAAAGUCGGAACGAAGCGUUCGCGACAAGAUUGCCAUGUUUUCGAAUGGUUCCGGAGCCGGUGCCAGUGGAGCUGGAUCGGAAAACGAAGGCUCGCCUGCACUGAGAAAGUUCUCCAAGGAUUUCACCAAGAGUUCGGAGAAUUUACUCGGUGGAGGUGAGAGUGGUUUCACUAGGAAAGCUGUGGAUCCAAUAGAGGCGUACGCUACGCUGAGGAAAAAGGCACAUAGCGUGGAAAAUCUGGACGAAGUGGAUAGCGUUCCGAGUGCAUCGGACUUCAGGACCGUGGAGAAUGGAUCUUACAAGACCAAGUAUGGGCUGGAGACGUCGAAACCGGUGGUCUUGGGCAAAGCGUAUAGCGUGGAGAACUUGAACCCAUCGAACGGGACGAUGACAUCGAACGGAGAAGGCAAGCUGGACAAUGGAGGAAUGUUUGGCAAUGCCAAAGUCCUUUCGAGGACAACUAGCUUUUCCGGAUACUCGAACGGCAAUAGUCUCGCAACGAUCAGCAACAAUGUUGAAGAGAGGAGGAAGUCAUCCAUCACAAACCUGCUCGAACAGCGGAAGAAGUCCAUGUCCAAACUGCGUGGACUGGUCAUUCCGGAAAAGGUACCGGAAACGGAAGUCUUGCCCGAUUUCAAGAUCAUCGGUCUGCCGAUCAUCAAGAGCAAAGACUCGGAGAAAAUCCUCUCCUCGAACGUACUUAAUAAGAUGCCGGAUAAUUUGUACAACCGCAAAACGGCUACGCUGCCGAUGCCUGCCAAAUCCAAUGGAAGCUCAUUCCAACCGAUGGUUGCUCCGAAACCGACCACUCCGGAACUCGGCGGUACAUAUAAGAGUAUUUUCCGCAACCUUAACGGUGCAUCACCCAAGUCCGAUCCGAAGCCGGAACUGGACGAGCAAGGCUUCCGCCGACCACUGGCUCCCGUUCCACCUGCAAAACCCCCUCGAACAUCCCUCGUGUAUCCACCGCCGAAGGGUCUGGAUCAACGCAGUCUAACCACAGAAGACGAAAGCGACGACAGCGAUUCGGUUAUGAGCUCUCGCAUAUCUUCGCCUCCGGUUUCACCGGUUGCUCCAUCCCCUCCGGAGAAGUACGUUCUUACGCGAACGCUCAGUUCGGAGACCAACACCUCGAUUGCUAGUUCGAACUCGACGUUGACAUCAAGUUCCGGUUCGCAGGCGAGCUGCAGCUCAGUAGGAAGUACCCCGGCGAUUGAUAUGAGCCGUCGCAUUUCCAAAUCUUCAUCGAAUGAGAUGACCAUGAAUAGGAAGAAUGUACUGGCUUCGGCUAAGAGUCGUAGCGGACGUGGUGAUGUUAAGAUUGAAGAUGCCGCCAAUGGAAAGACUAAACGAUACGAGGAUGGAGACAGUACGGAUGGUUACGAGGAAGAAGAAAGGAGGAAAUCCAAGUCGAAACCAAGAGGAUCAACCGGAAACAGUGGCAAGUCGAAUGGAUUUGAGGAAAAGGAACUGACCCACUACAAGGUGGUUGAUACGGUAGACAGUAUUGUAGAUAAGGUAAUCAAGGUUGCUUCCUACGUUGAGGUGGUUUCGGAUGUAGAAGAGAACGCUAGCGUUGAAACGGAAGUGGUCAUUCCUAUGCAGAAACCGGUCGAGGCCGUGAAGGAAAAGAUCAGUUUCGCGGCUGCCAAGAGCAUUUCGGUAGACAGUGGAUCGACGAAUACGAUGUCCGAUCUGGCCAAGUGGGUUCGUCAUGAAGCGGCCAAGACGAUCGUCGCCAAGGAACCGGAGGCUCCAAAGAGACCGGAUGUGAAAAAGUUCGCUCGAUCGUUCUCGGAGCAAAUUUCAAAAACGGCAGAGGAGAUUCAGGCCCCAACCAAGCGUGAACUGCGAUCAUCGGUGGAUACGAAAAAGCUGAAUCUGGCAGAGAUUCGAAAGUCGUUUGAGGCAAAGUCCAACAACAGCACGGUCGUUCCAGCACCCAUGAAGACCGUGGCAAAGGAAAGUCCUGCACCGGUAGCCAAAUCGACGCCUGCCACCACCACAGUCAACAACAACCACGAUCGUUUCUCAUCGUGGGAUUCCCUGGCUUCAUCGUCGUCGGGAGUGUCGUCACUGCAGACGAACAGCAUGCUCGGUAACAACGUGGCAAACUGUUCCGGAUCUUCGCAAACUCUGCAGAGCACACCCUCAGAUUACGGUAGCUUCUCGUCGCUGGGAAGCAGCCAUAGUCUGAUCACACCCCAGGACCUGCAGCUGAUCAUCGAAGAGGCCGAUCCUCCGCUGGCCACACCGGAAGCAUUCGUGAUCGUGCUACAGAGGGAGACUCCGGAAUCCAGCAUUGGGAUCACCCUGGCCGGUGGGUCGGAUUACGAGGCCAAGGAGAUUACGAUUCACAAAAUCCUGAACAACUCCCCGGCGGAGAAGGACGGUAGACUGCGACGAGGUGACCGCAUUCUCUCCAUCAACGGACUGAGCAUGCGUGGGCUGACUCAUCGGGAGUCGCUCAGUGUACUUAAGACACCUCGCCCGGAAGUGGUCAUGGUGAUAACCCGCUCCAAAUCGUUGGUCAUCGACAACAACACCCUGUCGAAGACGAAGAGGCCAUCGUUGGGUUCGCUCAGCUCGCUGGCUGAGAAGAACGAAAUUCCCGACUACGAACGCAAGAUCAAGAUCCAACACAAGGCGUCGCGAUCGCUCGACUUGGAUCUGGAUAUCGUUUCCAAUGAAGCUGAAAGUGUCUUCGAUGGAACCGCCUCCGAAGAUGGUCUGCUCUCAGCCGAUGAGUCCAAAUGUUCCUCGAUCACUCCUGCUAGUGAUGAAAUUUCCUCGCCAAUCGAGGGCAGCCGAAUGGUGGAAAUCCUGAAGGACGGCGCUGGUCUCGGAUUCUCCAUCGAAGGUGGUUUCGAUUCGCCCGCUGGAAACAAGCCGCUGAUGAUCAAGAAGAUCUUCAUGGGUGGCGCAGCGGAGAAAUCCGGUUUGCUCAAGGCCGGCGAAGAAAUUGUUGCCAUUAAUGACCUUACAAUCGAACGCAUGACUCGGAUACAAGUCUGGAACAUGAUGAAGAAGCUACCGAAUGGUAACGUCCGGAUCACGCUCAAGUAGUCCGGAUGCCACGCGAUGAUGGGAGUGUGAUUGAAUGUAUACAAAUCGGGAACGAGAAAGCGAGAGCUAGAGCGAAAGAGAGAGAGAGCCGUACUUUUUCUACACGUUACAUUUUACUAUAAAUGCAUAUGCUCUAUAGGAAAACAAUGCUAGUUCAAUAAGGCAGAAUGCAAUUCGCGCCAAGCGAUUCAAUUCAGCAGCAAUAAUAAUCAAAUUAUUAUCUCUAUUUUUUUCGUAUAAAACCCAAGCUUUUUUUUAAACCCUCUAAUCUUAAGAAAAUUUGUUGAUUGUAUAUUUUUAUAUGUAUUCGCCUGUUUCGGAAACUUGUAUACAAAAAUAGUUAUUUAUAUUUUUUGGAAUGCGCCAAUAGCCAACUGUAAACUGCAUUGGACUAGAACGCAAAUUGAAAA